AUGUUCACGUAUCCCAAAUAUCGUGGAUAUCGGUCUUUGCCGCCGUCCAACGGUGCGGACACGAAAUCUCGCAGCAAGAGUGGCUCUGACGAUGUCGCCGAUGAAAACGCAAAUCCCGCCAACAAGUCUUUGGAUGCAGGUUCCACGGCUGCAAUUGCCAAUCCCAAGUCAAAGCCAAAACGCACCCUCCAGGAGUACAUCAAUCCUGUCUCUCCUCCGCCUCUUUCGCCACUGUCCGACAUAGGAAGGGCAUCUCCUCGCGGUCGUGGCCGACGUCGACGCCGUGUUACUCCUGAAGCCAUCCGCGCGCUUUUGGUUGGCAAAUCGUCCCAGGAACGAUCUGAGAAGCCGCAGCGAGAGAAGUCACCUUCGGCGUCACGAUCUAUCAUUGUGACGAAAGCGCCCACUGUUGCUGGAGUUAACGAGGAGCGAACUCGCCGCGAAUUGUCGCCAACCUCUGAGCACUAUUUUGGCGAUAUGCUCGAUGAUGCGGUGCUUGGAGUCGGACCAUGUAUUUCCAUGGGUCACGUUUGGUCCAAAGAAGAGCAAGAGGAAGCUCGCCGCAUCCGCCUUGAAGAAGAAGCGCAAAAAGAACGCGCCAAGAAAAACAAAGAGCGAGCUCAAAGUGCUCGCGAAAAGGCAAAACAGCUACGAGAGACGGUCAAUGAAGAGCCGACCGCUGUUAAAGAUCUGGAAGAAGGCCUUGGCCAAAUGCAUUUUCCGCGGCCAACGGUAAAUGUUCCAAAAAACCCAGUUCCCACCCCAAGCGCGCACGUCGUUGUUGGUGGGCGACGCGCUCCAUUCGAGCUGAACUGGACAGAAGAUUGCGACGCCGCCGGCACCAUCAAUAACAAGCCCAAACGAUGGAAUUUGACGCUCAAGGACCUCCAGCGCAUCUUCUCGACUUCGGUGGAUACUUGCGAUGGAAUCCCAGCGUCACUUGCCGAUACUCGACUUGGCUGGUAUCUUCAGCAACUCGCCAAGAUUGCCAAGACCACCGACAAGGCGACAGAACAACGCAAGCAACUCCGUCAUCUGCUUGCAAACGACAAUAGCGACGGCCCUCGAUUUAACUCUGCUUACCCGCCGUAUGGUAUUCUAGAGACGCCACGCAAACCGUGGAAAACUUUGGGCAGUUUCUAUCCUGUCUUCGCUCAGGACCUCUUUGGGCGUUACAUUAUCCAAAAGCUCUUCAUCUGGGCGUUUUUUGGCGAUGAUGAUUGGCGCCUGGUCAACAUCAACGAACAUGAGCUUAUUGGACAUGUCGGCAAGCUUGUCGAUGUGAUGAAUGCUCUUGGCGCCAAAACGGUCUUCCCCUGGCCCUCGACGGAUACGACCUCGUUCGCGACGUACAAGGCGAUGUUUCUGCUUGCGGCGGGUUUCAUUCCGACAACUGCUAAACAGCCAUACGCUCUAGAAGCGUCAAUGGCCAACGAGAAGACCUUCAAAGUCCUCUGCAUGGGUGAUGAAAUCAAGCAGCCUCCGUGCGCAAAGCAACUACGCGCUAUUGAACGAUCGCUUGAGCUCCGGAUCUGGCGAUCAAUUCCGGACUGCAUGUCGGCUGUCUACCAUCUCGAGGCAAAGAAACGGCACUCUACAGAUUCCAAGGAAGAGCAUUGGAUCCUGACCUUUGCUGAGCUUCAAGAGCGCCUUAAUCGCUCAAUCGGGGUCAAUACGUCUUAUCGCCGAAAGAAUUUGACAAAAGCGCAAAUCGGCGAAAUGGCGCUUAUUCGCGCAAUGGAUGCCGUCUACGACGCCCUUCCACCCCUCUUCACCAAGUUCAAAUUUGGGGUUACCGAUGAAUUGGUGGCGAUGUUUUUGUUCGGCAAUGCCACUUUGCCACCCACCGAGGAUCUCAAUUUCCUCAAUUUGUUUGGCGUUGCAGAUCCAAUCGUCGCUGGCCUUGCCGAUUUCCACUUGCGCGAGGAGAACCAAUGUGAGGAUCACGUUGGUGCAGUCAAAUUCGCCAUCAAAAAACGUGAGAAGGUCUUGGACGACCUGUUCCAAAACAUGAUCGAUUUUGACGUUUUUGAAAUGAAAGAAAACGAUGCCCUUGACAACAAGACCAGCGACGCAGGGCCAGGUCGAAAUUCGUCUUUCUCUUCGGAAUUAGAACACCGUCGCGAUCUCGCGGUUAUCGAGCCAUUUUCGACCUCGACCUCCUCUCCCGCAACCCAGACCCGAACCAAAAAGAAGACCAAGAAGAAGGUCAAGAACGUCGAAAAAAGCGCGGCUCGUUCUUCCUUUGGAGCUUCGCAGUUCGACGAUGCACUUGACACAGUCAGCGAGGGUUCCUUCCCAGUCACCGACCCCUUCAAGGAAGCCGUCAUUUCUUUGGUCAGCAGCAGCAGCUCUUCUGACGAAGAAUAA